AUGACGGAAAUCCAUUGGCAUGUCCUGGACACUUGGGGCAUUGUGGAGGGGCGCGAGAUCUUGGAAGGGUUAUGGGAGCAGAUGCAACAGGAGCCGAGCGCGGAAGAGAAGCUUCUUCAUGAGCUUGGUCAGACUCUACAAUAUGAGGGCCGAAAGGCGACGUUCACUUGCGGCGGGCACAUACCAAUCGUCAUGAAUCCGAACGUUGAUGAGUCUGGCAAUUUGACACCGAGGACUGGCCAGAAAGUACAGGAGCAGACAAUCAUGACCAAGCCUGUCACUGUGCGUUGGGGCCCCGAUGGUUCUGGUAGAUCGAUUGCUCUUCCCCUCGACGACAACGCUGGUGAGCGGCAAGCACUUGAGGACCUCGUCGGCUCGUGUGUACCGGCCACCUUUGGCCGCAAUCGGCAAGAUGUAUACGAUGAGAAUUAUCGCCGCGCCGGGGCGAUGGACACCACUCGUUUUAUGACCGACUUCUGCCCGUAUGAGCACGGUAUCAUCGACAUCAUCACUCAGCUACUUUCGCCACCCAUCACUGGCGAUUUGAAGACGGUGGAGCCAGUGACAGCCCAAAUGUCUAAAGAAGAGGAAUACCGACGAAGCCGCAGGAUCAUUGGAGUGGUACAGCGCUUCAGCAUGAGGCGAAUGGGCAUGUCGGAGUCUAUGAUACAUGCUGAGGACGUACCGAAUUGUAUGGCGCAGCUGGGAGUACCCAUCAUGGCGAACGAUCCUUUGAGCCUGCGACUCCAGAAUAUGCUAAUUGAGAGUGCUAUGCCAACAUCAAAUGCUACGCCGAGCCUCUUCCCGGACUUCCUGCCCGAGAGUCAGGUCACGGAAAUCGCCCGCGAAAGGAUGAUCGCAAAGAUCAGAGCGGAACACGAUCGAAGGGACACUGUAAGGAACGAGCAAAACACGCAGAAAAGUCUACGACAGCGCGGCAUUAGAGCGGCGCUGUACAAGCUGAACGUGUACUCUGGUCCUAGUGGCAUGUUCAAGGCCCAUGUGGACACUCCACGUAGCGAUGACCAAAUCGGCAGUCUUGUGGCCGCUCUCCCUGUGGAUUCUGAGGCUUUCUACAGCGACUGCGAACACGAAGUACUGGAGUUGACUUCCGGACACCGCCUCACUCUCACAUACAACCUUUUCGCGUCGGCUGGUACCGGGCUCCUGAAUGAUGCAGCUCUCAGCCUCAGCCCCGAGCGCCUUCCUCUGUAUGGCCAGCUACGCUCAAUGCUCGAGAACCCAUGCUUUUUUACAAACGGCGGCUAUCUUGGCGUACAUCUGGCUCACAGCUAUCCUCACACUAACAAUCAACUACGUCGCUUCGUUCCCAACAUGCUCAAAGGAGUCGAUAUGGCGAUCUACGAGGCGUUUAUUGCCCUGAGACUGACCUGUGUUCUCACUCCAAACUCUUUGGACUCAGCCGCAGAAUGCCUCAGAGAAUUGGACAUGCUGCACAAGUUAUCGUCAACCCCUCGAAUGGACAAGUCGGCCAGAUCAGGCCUGCUUAUUAGCCUUCUCAGAGGCGUAGAAAUUGUCCCAGGGCACGAUGAGUUCGAUAACGACACUGACGAUGUCGGCACAGAAGACAAUUUCGGUACCCAGGAGCACGAUUCCGACAGCCUGGUCGAGCAGUAUGAUAAUUAUGGCACAAGUCUGAAUGAGAGAGGCAUUGAGAUUCGGGAGGGUAAACAAGCCUCGAGGAAGGUAUUAUGGCUCGGCACGCCGGUGCACCAGGAGCUUAGCAAGGUUUACAUGGCUUAUGGCAAUCAGGCGGAGAUGAAGGUCAGGUACUCAAGCGUGGCACUCGUGGUCAAGAUACCGUCUUGGGCAGAGAGGAGUGGAGCUGGUGGCACAGCUGCAGAGCCUAUCGAGGUCGAUGACGAUUGA